AACACUAACACCCCGUGCUUUGUAUCUGCGCCCAAUGUGAAAUAUCUACAGCGAGGCUUCCUCUCUAUUGAUUGCUGUAUCCUUCGCGCUCUCCGUAUAUCAAACCGCCAUCGACGAACCUCGCAGCUGCAAACCCGUCCGCUCCCCGACUUCCAGAGAGACUUUCAUAACCUCGCACCACCACAAUACCUGCGAUAGUACCUUCUAAGUGGGCGAUAUGCUUCGUAGACCUCCAUAUGCAGGCCGCUCGAAGGCGACACCGACCACGCAAUGCCAGAAGUGUCUAAAACGAGGGCACUACAGCUACGAGUGCACAGUUUCUGCACAGGAAAGGCCUUACAAAGCUCGUCCGUCCCGCACACAGCAACUUCUGAACCCUAAUCUUAGGCCUAAACCGACAGAAGAUGUUCCCGUUGAACUCCUCCAUAAAAAAGGCAUUGCAGACGAACUUUUAGCGAAGAAAGAACAGGAGCGCGGUAGAGGAACCAGCCAUGAAGGAGGCAGCCGCAAGCGUUCGUACUCCACAUCAUCAUCCGACUCUGUUUCCACCAUAUCGACGAACCGAUCCCGCUCAAGAUCCCCUCCUACAAGAGGCCGAAGACGGUCCCGGCAAGCUUCUCUGCGCGACCAUGAUAUAUUGAGAAAACGAGAGCGGUCGCGGUCGUUUUCCUCAUAUGGGUCAGAGGAUGGUGAAGGUCGUAACGUUCGUCGCAGAUUAAGUUCAUUCAGUCCUCCUCGGCGGGGCCGGACAUUAAGUGUUGGGUCUAAUCGGUCGAGUUUCCGUCGUGAGGAGAAUCGAUCACAGCGCACCAACCGCAGGCGUGCAUCUCGGAGCCGAAGCGACGACAGAGGACGCGGAAGACGCCGGUUCCGCAGUAGGAGCAUGUCCCGAGGCGGUAAACGGCCAGGCCGGGAUCUCUCCAUGUCACGGUCCCCUUACAGAAGCCCUGAUCGCAUGGACUUUUCCCAAGACCUCAACCCUCAAAACAUCCGGGGUGGCGCAGUGGACGGGUUUUCCGGCAGAGGUUCUCGCUCGAAGCAUUACUCCUCUCUUUCACGGUCACGGUCAUGCUCAAGAUCGCGGCAUCGCAAAAGGAAAGCGACCACGCCUUCGCGCGACUCGCGAAGCCCAAGCCCCUAUUCUAAAAGACGGGAAACCGGACGGUCACCGAGCCCUUUCUAUUCUAAGAGGGAUGGGUCGUCUGUGGACAAUCGUCGCGGCGACAGAGUGUGUUCCACCCAGGAAGGUCGACCUGGCCGAGGUGCAUCACCUCCAAUCCCGCCUCGCCAGAGGAGCCUGAGCCCGUACAGUAAACGUGUGGCGAUGACCAGGGCAAUGCAAGGUCGCUAAGAUGGGUUUGAUGAUAAAGGUCGUGGACGUCGGGCGGCUACGGCCAAGCAUAUAUCAAGCCAUCGGAACCUGAUAAUCAAUGAAGCCAGCAAAGUUGUGUUCCGCUGCAUAGAUCACAUAGUGGGUGAAGGAGCAAUUUGGUGUGAUUUGCAGGAGUUCAAUUGGGCUUUCCAUUGGAGUAGUUGCCUGAUACGAAAGGAACUGUAUGUACAGUUCCACCGAAUGAGACAUCGGAGGACAGCACGAGUGCUAUAUAUACAUAGUGGGAACGGGUGCCUGGAUGCCGCUCACAUUAGGGCCUCCCGUGUAAUUGUUACCAAUAUCUUAACAGCCCAAUGAUUGCAGCCUUCUG